AUGUGUACUGCUGGGCUUGUCGUUGUUUGUACUGGAGAUGAAGCGAUCCAUUCACCGGUUGCCAUUGCAGUGGUCUUGCUGGUGGUUGGCAUGAGCCCCACAGUGCUGGACGCUUUGCGCCUUUGGGCGCUGACGGACAUGCAGGAGCGUGGCUGGGUGUUUCAGGGAGGAACCAGCCCUGGGACGUGGUAUGUGGAGCUCGUGGAUGUCUACAGCUCCACCUUUUUCCGUAUCCAUUGGCUUGUGAUCCUGGAGCUGAUGCCCACAGUGCUCGGGAUCGCGGCCUCCGCGUCGCUCUUGAUGCUCAUGGACCUGAAGGCGGUGGAGCUCCUUACGGAGCGGGAGUUCAGCUUGGACAAGGAGCUGCGGAGCAUCGGCCUGAGCAACCUGCUCAGCGCCCUUUGCGGAGGGGGCUGGCCCUGCUACAUUCUUUGCUCCCAGAAGAACGUGACGUGCCACCGGCUCGGAGGUCGUACGGCCUUCGUGGGAUGUUGCCUCCUUUUGGGGAUCCUGGGCUGCCUCUUCGUGGUGUCCAGCAUCGUGCCGCGGCUGCCGCGGGCGUUGCCGGGGUCCUUGUUCAUGUGGCUGAGCCUGGUAUUUGUCAAGGAGACCAUUGUGGACAUUUGCUCCAAGUACACCCACAUCUCGGACGUCUUCAUCGUGGCGAUCAUGGCUUUGGUGGUGAAGUUCUAUUCCUUCAAUGACGGGCUCUCGGUGGGUACGUUGCUGGCCAUGGGAAUGUUCACCAUCCGCUACUCAGGGUCCCAGGCUGGUGUGCGCACCGCCGGGGACGCGCGCUUCUACAGGUCCAUUUGCACCCGCGAGGGUUCGGAGCAUGAUGCCCUGGAGAAGUUGGGCCACUUGAUUGCGGUCGUCCACGUGGACGGGUUCCUGAUGUUCGCCUCCACGCCGGCCUUCACCGACGCGGUGCGGGAGCUGAUGGGGCCUGAGGGGCCCGACUGGAUCUUGCUGAAUUGCCAAAACCUGCAGGGCCUGGACUACUCCGCGGCGCUGGAGCUGGCGACCUUGGGGCGCAAGGCCAAGGAGUGCCAGAGGCGCAUUGUGGUCACAGAGCUCCCCAGCGGGGUGCGGGACGUCCUGGCAAAGGCGAAGGUGGAGAUGGCCGCGUUGCCGCGCACCAGCUUCAUGGACGGGAACUGCGACUACGGGCUCUUCUACCAGCCUCACUACCAGCGGGCACUGCAGCGCUGCGAGGACGGCGUGCUCGCGCCUUUGGGGCUGCGCAUGCCCGGCAAGUCUCAGGCAGCACUGCUGGGGUCCGAAGAGGUCUUCAUGAAGGAUCUUCUGAAACGGUACAUCGGGGACUUCCUGCCAGAGGCCGCGAGCUUGGAUCGUGCCCUGAAGGUUUUCUCCAAGCGCACGCUGGAGCCUGGCAGCGUGCUCUGGCACGCCGGGGAGGAGUGCACCUUCUGCGUGUGCGUCACCGAAGGUGUGCUGCAUGCCAUGCAGCCUGCCUCCAAAGCCCCUCCGGGCGCAAAGCACGCCAAGGACCGGCUCUGCUGCAUCGCCGGCCCCGGUGACUUUAUCGGCUUCAUGGCGAUGAUCAAUCACUUUCCCUAUGAGCACACGGUGCUUGUGCCCUGUGAAAGCGACGCGGAGGACGACGACUUUACCAUCGUCUUGGUGCUGGAGAAGAGCAAGUACAACGAGCUCUUCACCUCGGAUCCCCCGCUGGCCCAAGCCUUGAGCCGCGGCUUCCUGCGGCAGAUCAGCUACGAGUGGCGGGAGCUCUCACGCCUCGGUGGGGCCGCGUGA